AAAUAAUAAAAAGAUAAUUCAAAUACCAUCUCCGGCCAAACCAGGUUCGUCUCCCAUCUCUCUCUCUGCCAAACCAGGUGCCAUCUCCGGCGACGGUGAAACCUGAUUCGAAGCAGCGCCCCUCAAAAUAUUCUCGCAAUCGUCCCGAUAGAGUCUCUGAACCAACGACCCAGCGCCCCUCUCUUUCGUCCUAGCCCCAACUGCCCAACGAUCCCAGCCCUAGCCUACCGCAGCUCCGACGACGCAACCCCCAGGUUUCCUCGACGGUGCACAUGUUUAAAUGUGUUAUGUAUUAAGCCAUUGAUUCGUUCUACUAAUUUAACCUAUCCACUUCUUGAAGUAGAAGAGUCACUGUUAUCCCUUACUUUGUGCCAAUUGAAAAACCCAGAACUUGAUUUGCAUCAAAAGAGUUGAUUGUAUAAUCAGUUUGGGAAAUUUGACAUUAGGUGACUAGUAAUGGGGUUCAAGAAUCAUGGCAUGGAAAGUGUUUUAUUGUGUCUUGGGGUUACUAAAGAGUGAUGGUCAAUCAUAAUUGUGAAUGAAUGAAUUCUGUAUUUUAUUCAAUAGAAUAGAUUCAUAUACAAAAUUAGAGACAGUAAAUAGGAAACUAACUAAAUACAAUUAAUAUAGCUAAUAUGUUCUAACAGUAAUUAAUCCCUAUGUUGCACUAUAUUGAUAUAAUUUGCAUGAUUUUCUGUUUUUUUUUUGUUUCCAUAAGAAGGGAUUUCCUGCAGUAGUAAACAAGUACUAGCUUAUCGAGUUUGAAGUUUGAAUAUAUGCUCUGAGAGGGUUGUUUAUUUUCUAAUUUUUGUAUAUUGUUUGAAGCAGAAGAAGAUGGCAGCAAAGCAAAUGGAAGAGAUACAAAGAAAGCUAGGGUUGUUAAACUAUCCUAGAGCCAAUGCUCCUGCUCAGUCCCUUCUUUUUGCUGGCAUGGAGCGCUAUGCUCUCUUGGAAUGGCUUUUCUUUCGCUUAUUGGGAGACAAAUCCCCCUUCUCCCAACAAACUCACAUUGGAGAUACUAUGGAUCGUGAUGAAGAGACAGCUCACAUUCAAUAUUUGGCUGAGAUUGCCAAGUUUCUUGGUAUUACAACAACUAUAGAUACAGAAGCCAUUCAGGGACGGGGAAGCUAUGAAGAUCGCACUGAAAUGCUUCGUCUUCUUGUUGAUCUUGUUGAGGCAAGCAUUUAUGCUGAUAACCCGGAAUGGAGUGUUGAUGAUCAGGUAGCAAAGGAUAUACAGCUGAUUGAUUCAAUUGCUGAAAAACAAGCUCAGAUAUUCUCAGAAGAGUGCAAAUUAUUCCCUGCUGAUGUUCAGAUUCAAUCUAUAUAUCCACUGCAUGAUGUAUCUGAGCUGGAAACCAAGCUUUCGGAACAGUCAAAGAUACUCUUAAAUCUUCAACAAAAAGUGGAUGAUUUGGCAUCUAAGCAUGCUUACAACCCAGAUGAAGAGUAUGCAGAGGUCGAAUCCCAAUUGCGGGCACAUUUGGAAUCUUUUCUGGAAACUGCAAGAGCAUUUAAUACAAUUUAUACCAAGGAAAUCCGUCCUUGGACACACAUGAUGGAGGUACCCCAACUACAUGGAUUCGGACCAGCUGCUAAUCGCUUAUUGGAGGCAUACAAGAUGCUCUUGAAGUUUCUGGGGAACUUGAGGAAUUUGAGGGACUCGCAUGCAGCUCUUGCUGUUGGUUCAUCAGAAACAAUUGCCAGUGAGCCCUCAUCUGUUACAAGGAUAAUAUCCGAAUGUGAGUCUGCCUUGACGUUCUUAAAUCGUGAUCUUGGAAUUCUCUCGUCUUCCAUUGCUCGUGAGCAGCAGAACGAGAUAAAACCAAUCCAGCACAUUCAUUAGUGUUGGAUCAUCACUCUUUCUGCAAAGUGUGUAUUAUCUAGUUUUUUUUUUUUUUUUUUUUUUUUUUUUUGAGGAUUGUAUAGUUGAUUCAAUGGUUCCAAAUAUAGUAGAACAAAUUUGUCUACUUGAUUGUAAAAAGUUGUCUUUGAACAUAAAUUUGAAUUUUUAAAAAAGAACAUUUGUGUUUUUAAGAUAUGGAAAACUUUGGUCAUUAAGUUUUCCUAAGGGCAAUUCCUCUUAAGACUCCUUGACACUAUCAUUAGUGGGCAAAGUUUCAGCACUUUAAAAUCAAAGACAAUAAAAAAUUGUAUUUGGCAGAACACAUAAAAACCGUUCCCUGCGAAAGAAUUGGCAAGAAAUAUGAAUACUCAUUAAUUUUAGAGAAA